GUUAAAGCCCGGAAGCUGAAGCUGACAGUUACGAAAACAUAAACACGAUAACAGGCGGGACACAUGUGCUGUCCUAAACUUUAGAAACUGCAACAUCCCUUAAUUAACGCGCUCAAAGGAAAUAAUGUCUGUGCUGUUGUCAGUGCUGGUCGGUGUGCUUGCUGCAUACAUACUGAUUUAUUACAGUCUGUUUAAAGGAGCCAGAUUUAAGAGCAACGUGACGUUAAAGGGAAAAACCGCAAUUGUCACAGGGAGUAAUACAGGCAUUGGCAAAACCACAGCCUUGGAUCUAGCCAAGAGAGGGGCCCGAGUGAUCCUCGCCUGCAGAAACAAACAGAAAGCUGAAGCUGCGGUUUAUGACAUAAGAAAGGAAAGCGGGAACCCUGAGGUACUCUACAUGCAUCUGGACCUGGCCAGUUUUAAGUCCGUUCGUGAUUUUGCAGUGACUUUUCUGAAGAGUGAACCGAGACUCGACUUGCUCAUUAACAAUGCAGGUCUUAUAGCAUCAGGCAGAACUGAAGAUGGUUUUGGCAUGGCAUUUGGCAUCAACCACCUGGGCCACUAUUUGCUGACGCUGUUGCUGUUGGAUCGUCUAAAGCAGGCAGAGCACAGCCGCGUCGUCAACGUGUCCGCCCUGCUGCAUCGGCUGGGGUCUGUGGAUUUCAACCUCCUCAACACGCAGAAGGAUCUGGUCACAGGUCAAUCGUACUGGCACGCAUUUUGAGCCUACUGCCACAGCAAACUGUGCAAUGUACUCUUUACCCGUGAGCUCGCAAACCGACUGGAAGGGACGAGUGUCACUUGCUAUUGCCUGCAUCCAGGUGUUAUUGCAACUGAGAUCGGUCGAAAUAUGGGUGUGCUGCAGAAGCUGCUUUUCCUGCCCAUGUCCAAACUGUUUUUCCUGGACCCAGAGGGAGGUGCGCAGACUACGCUUUACUGUGCUUUGCAGGAGGGACUUGAGCCUCUGAGUGGACGGUACUUCUCUUCCUGUGCCCUGCAGAAUGUUAGCGCUCACGGACGAGACGAUGCCUUGGCCAAGAAGCUUUGGGAAGUGAGCGAGAGGCUGUGUGGCCUAUCGUGAGUGAGCUCACACAGGUUUGUAGAACAGAAACAGAGAGACCACCAACAGCAUUAUGAGUGUGAGCUUCUGAAGUUGUUCAUAUAAUGUCUCUCCUGGUGUUACAGGUAUGCAUAGCUGAGGUAGCUUUUGUAUUUGGUAAAUAAUGCUUUAAAAUAUAUUGUUGCUUUAACACAAUAUAUUUAAAUUAGGGUUGCACUGAUAUAUUUAAUUUCUGAUACAAUAAGCUGUUCAUAAUUAUUUUGUUAUGGCCCUAUAAAUGGCUGAUUUUAAAAAUUAUAUACUAUUUUGUCUCAGUUAAAAAUAAAACACUAAAACCUAAAAUCAGUUGUUCUAAAUGCUACAAGUGAAUAAUGUAUAGAGUGAAAAAUGGAAAUUCAUUUUGACAUUAUAUCUACCGAAUUAUUAUUAUUAUUAAUAAAUUUAGUGUUUUUAAAGAUUAACUUAGACUGUUAAAUUAUGGCAAAAGACAUAGAAAUAUAAAAAUAGGAAAAAUGAGCAUAAACAAUAAAUUAUAAUGUAAUAUUAGAAUAAUUAAAAUAAAAUAUUGGUCAAUAACUAAUAUGGUACCAAUAUAUUAUGCAUCCCUCUCUUAAAUAAAGCAACAAUAUAUGCACAGUAACAAUAGUAACCUUUUAUGCCCCUAUCAUUUGCAAUGCGUAUUAUUUUUCCUGAAAAAUAUUUAGAGGUGAAGUUGCGAUUUGUAUUCACUCACUGGACACAGCGGAAAUAGCAUAUUCCUUUGUAUUAAGGUUUUUGAAUGGUGUAUUUUUUUUUUUUUAUUAUCAUUAUUGAUCUAUGUAUCUUUUUGUUUCAUAUAUUUCAUAUCUUUGGUAUCCUUUUUUAUUUCAUGUUUCAUAACUUUCUUUCUUCCUUUCUUUCAUAUAUAUCAAUCUAUAUAGAUCUUUAUAUCAUUGCUAAUGUUUCUUUCUCUGCACUAUUUCUUCAUGAUAGUUCUAUUGUUAUGAACAUGCAUAAGUUUUAUAACUUUCAUAAUCACAUUGCAUCCACCUUUUUUUGAAACGCAUGACCAAUUCAAAUACCUCAUGUAUUUGAAAAUGAAAAUCAUUUGAAGAAAGUAAAAAUAUCUGAUAAAGAACAUCAAUUUCUUUUGUGUAUUU